AGCGGCUGUCUCGCGCGUCGCUGCGGUGGUGAACGUGCAGGCGCGAGGCGGGACCGGUCACUCGAGUCUCUGCGACGUAACGUUGCUCGCAAUUUCUGGACUUGCAGCCAGCUGACAAAGUUUCGCUCAAAUCCUGUCGAAAACUUCAGGAUAUUUUGGGUAUAUAUUUAUAUAUGUUUGUUUGUUUGUUUUGGUGCUUUUAAACUAAUAUUCCACAAAACCCAAAAAUAUAAAAAUUAAUUAAAAAUUGAAAUCUCCGCGGUGAACAAGUGCGAUUUUAAAUUUUACAGCUUGUUGUGAAGCUAUUAAUUGCGGGCGUUCGUUCAUAUUAUUUAUCAGAUUAAAACGGGUGACUUUCUUUCCGAGUAAAGUGGCAGUUUUAUAUCGCAGCUGUUUAAACGUAAUCCAGACAGCCCAGCCGUAGAUACUGGGAGUUUUCGGGAGUGCUUUUUGACGCCGUGGAAAUGGGAUCAUGGCACGGGGACUCCGCGUCCGCGGCGUACCGGAGAACUUUCCGCCGGACUCUGCUGCUGUUGUGGCUCGCUUGCGUCGCUCGAGGAACGUGGGGACCUGGACUUUACAAAUACCAAACCGCGACAUCUCUCAACAAAGAUCCGACGAAAAGGAACUGGUGUCCCCAGUCUGUGACUAUGACAGUGACGUGUCAGGUUCAGAAUGGUACCACACUACAGAGGGUCUAUCAGACCUGCAGAUGGCCACAGGGCUGCACCGGAAGCAGUUAUCGUACUGUGGUCCGACCUUCCUAUAAGGUGGUGUACCGUACUGUCACGUCUCUGGAGUGGAAGUGUUGUCCUGGUUACAGCGGAACUCACUGUGAGGAAGGCCCUGUGAGUAGUAAUCUUGUUGCCCAGGAGGCUGUUAGGAAACAGGCAACUUUUCGCAAACCAUCUGCAGCCAAACCCCCAGAGCAGCUCUCCAGUAAGAGCCAAUUACCUUCACUCUCCAGUAAGAGCCAAUCACCUUCACUCUCCAGUAAGAGCCAAUCACCUUCACUCUCCAGUAAGAGCCAAUCAUCUUCACUCUCCAGCUGUCUGAACUGCAGCCGUAUCACUGCGCUCGCUGAUCGGCUAAGCUCUCUGGAGGCAAAGGUUCAGCUCAUCUCUGCUCCUCGCAGUCCCCUGGCCAAAGCUGGGGUUGAGCCUGACUCCUCCGCCCUCAUGGGGGCGCCACCUGCCAGAGGAGCUCCGGGAGCACCAGGCCCUGCAGGACCGCAGGGUGAAAGAGGCAUGAAUGGUGUACCGGGCACAGAUGGUAAACCAGGGUCUCGGGGUCUACCUGGACCCAAAGGAGAGGCAGGUGUGAGGGGACCCUCAGGUGCACCGGGAUCUAAAGGAACACCUGGACCUGCAGGCCCGCGGGGACCACCAGGCCUCCCAGGAGAGAGAGGCCAACCUGGGCCUCCCGGACCACCAGGACUCCCUGGACCUCCAGGCCCUCCCCCCACUGUUCCUGAAGACAGAGAGAAGAAGGACCUUCUGCUCUCCAACAGUUUCCUGGACCCCCGAGCGACCCCUGUGCAAGGGCCCCAAGGUCCUCCAGGAACUGCAGGCCCUUCAGGACCCAGAGGCCCAGCAGGACCCCCAGGACCCAUCGGACACAAUGGCAAACCGGGGACCCCUGGAGUGCAGGGCCCCAUGGGACCGAAGGGCGAGCGAGGGGAGAGAGGCCCUCUGGGAUACCCUGGAGAGAGAGGCUUCAAAGGGGAGCCGGGUGAACCAGGACCCAAGGGUGAGCCAGGGGAGAAAGGCCUUCCGAGAGAUUUGAACGACGUUAGUCUGAAGAUGAUCCAAGACUUGCAGGCUGACCUGGAGCUGCUGGCUCGCAGGGUGCAGCUGCUGGAGGCGAUCAUCUGGCCAGAGCCUGACCUGGGAUCAGGAGAUGGCCCGUUUGCCACCGCCUCCUCUGAGUUCUAUCGGAACAAGCGGGCGGGGUCACGACCAUUCCGGAUCAAGCCCCCCUCCAUCCCUGCUGAGCCUAAGAUCUCGGGAAAGUAGUUUCUGUAUUCCAAAGGGUCUAGGGUCAAACUUCCUUCCGGCUCGGACUGGCAACGCCUCUCAAAGUUCAUCUCUGUACAAGUCCCUAAUAUAACCUUCCUACAGAGCCACUCACAUUUAAUACUUGCUUUAGAAUAUACCAUUCAGUCGAGAAGGGGGGGGGAACACCUCAGGGAAGACAAACCACCUCUACUGGGAAUAAGUCCUAAAUA